AGGAGACAGUGUGGGUCACAGAAGACUGCACCAAUUAAACUGCAGUUUGUGUUCCUCACAAAUGUACAAACACAAAGCAACACAGAAUAAGUAUUUACUGUAUGUUGAAUUUUAAUGAAACUAUAUGUUCUUCGUUCUAGAAAUAAUUAAUAUUUAGAAAGGCUUGCAUUAGGCAUGUUUCCCUUCACCACACCUUUUUUUUAAUUGUAAUUACUAAUUUUAAGUGCUGAAGUCAAUUAGCUAUGGUUGGAACUUAAUGUGCUAUUUAAAUUCCCUUUCCCUUGAUAAUAGUGGGGUAUUUUUUUAAACAGAACAACUAUAGCUGUCUAUUAAAAUGGUGCUUUUUAUCAUCUUUGUUCAACAAAGUUAAAAAAUCCCUGCAAUGGAAUUCUCAUUCAUGAAACAGUGUCACAUUACCUCAAUUGUGUUUUCAUUUGUCUUGUGGGGUGUGUUGACUGUCUUUCAGAGAGUUACAGGGAUAAACAGGGGUGUUGCAGAUAAUGAGCAGAUCCUCUGUCAUACUAUUACCAGACUAUGUCUGGGGAGGAAUUUUCACACCACACACACAGAAUUAUGUUGCUUUUUCACAAGUACAGCAGAGCACCAUAAUGGUGUGGUUGAAGUUAGUUUGUGGUGUCUGUUUCAUUUUUUACACAUUUUAUACUCCAAAUGUAAGAAGACCUAACAGACUUAAACAUUUACAGAGUCAGUAGUGAAUUCACUUAUAAUUCUGUGGAAAUAAGACAUGUUUUUGCUGUUAUCACAUCCUGAUGUUACAUCCGUAUUAUUUACAGCUCUUUUUUUUUACAGUGCAGAUUUUCUUUGUAUUAAUAUUGUAGAAAAGAAUUCAUUCCUGGUCAUAGCCCAUGGAUAAAUUAAAUUAAUAAUAAGAUUUAAUCCCAUUCUAACAAAACUACAUUGGGCUUAAUUGUAAUCGUAGUGCCUGCAAUACUGUAUGAAUGACGUGCAUGGAAUCAAACCAAACUCAAAAGUGUGGUCUGGAUUACUGGGAAGUUGAAGAAGUCGGAACACAACAAAUACCCGAUUAAUAAAUGAAACUGCAGUGUUGUUAUCUCCCAGUUCUUUCGACUGUUCAAAAUGUUUUCUUGAUUAUCGGUGUAUCUUGUUUAAAUUCUGUCCUUGCGCUAUGAAGGUUAAGAUGUGGUGUUUCAUGCGGCAUGUAAACACAAAUCAGUGGCCGUGUGCCAGUGCAAUGGAGCAAAGAAAUAUAUGGGGAGUGGGAUUACUGUAACAGAGUCCCUGCUGUUCCCUUGACAAGCGCUGUGUGUUGUGAUUAGGGGUCACUUUGAGGAGAGCUAUAACUGAGCUUGGUAGAAGGUCACAGGUCUCCUUUCAGCCAGAGGCUCCCACAAACCAUCAUGCCCAAAGGCUCGUGGCAGUGCGACAGUGAGAAAUAGGCUCUUACAGAAAAGAGAGAGUUUUUUUCUUCUGAAAAGAAGACAGAUUAUUUUUGUUCUUUUCCUCCUCAGAGGGAACAAAGAGAAGAAAAGGCGAGUUGUAGUCUGCCAUUCCAUUUGUUUGGCAGAGAGAGAAAAAGUUCCUGCAUAAGUGAGAUGUUCCUAUGUGCACAAGAAAUGUCCCUACUUUUGCAGUUUUGAUGCUUAGUCCUUUGAAUGCUAAUUGGUUUUGCCUUGUUCAUUUAUCCUCUAAAAUUACUGUAAGGACUUAAUCAAUCCACAUACUGCACUGUGCUCAACCUUUUCAAGGGCAGCCCUGAUGUCUUUUAUCGUUAGCUCCAACGACAAAAAAAAAACCUGAUAAAGAUGGGGGAUGGGAUUUGCUGGAGAAGAGCAGGCUAAAUAGGCAGCACUGGACGACUGACUCUCAGUCUGUUUAAUACCCCUCAGGUUUCUCCCCUCUGCAGCUGGAGUUGAUGAGGAGCCUGAUUGAGCCACAGCUCAAAUAGUCUCCUGUCAGAGAAGAGAUUUCUCCAGCAUAGUCAGUAAUCAGAGAAAUGUGCUGGUUUGCCUUUGCCUUUCAGUUGGCUCAAAUAGCAGACCCAUUUGACAAUUAUCCACUUUGUGUCCAGUUCAAGCUAUGGCUCGACUUCAAAUAACAAAUAUUGUUUCAUACAUUCAGCUUUGUUUUCUGUCAUUUGAGCAUUAUGUCAGCAGUGAUUGUGUUUGAGCAGGAAAACAUAUCACUGACAGAAUUUCAUCUCUGAACUGCUUCUUUUCACCUAGAUUACUCUGGGAAUUGAUAUGACCUGAAGGCGCUGGAGUAAUAACUAAGAGUGAAAAAAAAAAUAUGAAUCAGCUGUGGAUUGCAACAUUCACUCUAUUGUACUGGGGGUGGAGGGAGGUGGAGAGGCCUCAGAUAAUGGUAUUUGGUAUGCACAGUGAAUUGCAUUCUAAAACCAUAACCCAGUACUGCAUCACCUCAUUCAUGCACUUACAUUAACUCAACUCCUGACACCAUAAAUACAGCCUGUGAGUUAUUCUAGAAAUCUCUGCAUUCAGAUGUGCCCUUCAGACCUGAGAUUAAAAAAGUCAAGAGAGCAAAUAUGAUAAAUUAUGGUGGUAUUUUUCAAAAGCUUCAAAAUAAAAGGACAGAGCGUUUUUUUUUCAUGACAAGUGGGAAUUAAUUUAUUAUUCAUUCAUUCCUGUGUUAUCUAUAGUCAUUUUUUGUAUGCAUAAGAACAAUGUCAUGUCGCAAUUCAUUAACUGGAAAUAAAGUAAUUCACUAAUGAAAUAUGAUGUGUGAGACAAGCUCAGUCAGAGUACACCAUUAAGAGGAAUAGAUCAGUAUGCUCAGCCAGAUCUACACGUGUACCUGCCACAUCUGCAACAUUCUCAACUGGGAAUUAACAGGUUGCUUAGUAACUACACUUCUUUAAAUUCCUUUAAGCUUAAUUGAGGUGCAGUUCUGACAGCUAUUGAGUUGGCGCCCAUAUUAUGUCUAGAAAGUGAAGCACCAGCAUGGCAACACAAGUUGAUAGGUUAAAUAAUGAACCUGGUGAUGGUGCCUGUUCAUGCUCAAUCUACCUCAAACAAUUUGUGCAGAGACACUCUGUUUUCCCCUGAGCACGAAGGAGCAGCAGCACCUGAAGAAUACAGUGUUUUGUUCCUCGAUGUAAUGGCGUUCUCCUUCUGAUGGGAAAAAAGUCCCAGCAGCGAAGCUUAAGGUGCAAACCUAACUGGCCCUGUAAUUUGGAAAAAUUACUCAGUACUGAGGUAUGCCACAAAAUUAAAUUUAUAGGCCAAUUUCAUUGUUUCAUUGUAUUUCAGCAACAUAAUUGCUUUGGGAUAUGGAAUAUGAAAAAAGUCUUCUGUUAGUAAGUGAAAACACAUUUGAUUUUAUAUCUAUGUUUGGUCAUGCCAGAAUCAGUGGUACAUAAUACCUAAAUAGAUAUAUGCUAGAUUUCUACUGUGAUUUCUCUGAACUAUCUAGGUGUAGUAGAUACUGUUUAUUUGCUUGGGGACAUAGAAGGCAUCCAGUGUUUAGAUUGAGAUUUCUUGUGUUGCCAUGGUGUUUUUCCAUUAAUGUUUUAGCAACUGGAUCCCCAGGGGCUCAAAAAUAAGUGUAACAUUAUCCCUCCCCCAUUUCUAUAGCUCUGAGGCAGUGUGGGAAAUCUGCAGUAUGAGAGCUACAAAGUAAUACACAUUCAUUCUGUGCCUUCUCUGUACCACACACACACACACACACACACACACACUUUACAUUUAGCAUAGUGACAGUGUGCUGUAUAAUAUCAGGGCAAACACUGUUUCCAUUCAUUCUGAAGGUAAUGCAUCCAUAAUAGCACCGUGAUAUCCAACGGGAAUAAUGGUUUACGUUUUAAUGACUUUUUGAAGAAGGAGGAUUUUUCUUUAGUAACACUUUGUCGCACAGGGUAAAAUCUGUAAUCCUCUUUAUUAGAAGGAGACUCCAUGUAUAUUGCCAUGGAAAUUUAAUGAUUCUAUAUAAAAAUGUCACUGACAUAUAAAUAAUGAGGAAAGACAAGAGGAAUUCCUUUGUUUUAAACUUUCUUUAGAUCUGCUAUAUCUGAGAAGAGCACUAAGUGUUACAACCAAAUUUAUGUAUUUGUAACUUUAUGUAUUUUAGGUCAUUUCUUUAGAUGUAUUUUAAUAUUUUGAUACUUAUAGACAAAUUGCCAUCUUUAAAAAAUACAAUAAUACUAUUUAAUGUCAGAUUUACCGUAUAAUUUACGAUUAAACAAGUCAUGGAUUUCUUGGUUCUUGGGCCAGUAUUGGGCUGUAUUGUUAAUGCCAGAUGAGCUUUCCUUCAGCUUUCCUUCCUACCUUCAAUUCCUUCAAUACCACCUUCAGUUCAGUUUGAUGAGUGUGGCAUAAGAACACAGCAGUAGUAGGGCUUUAGGAAAACAGAGAAUACAGGGACGUUAUAAUGGGUAAAUAAAGUACAUUUUUAUCUGGGAUUUGAAGGCUUCAGUGGAAGUAACUGCAGAGCCACCAGGAUGCUGAAUGAAUGAACAGCUAACAGGAGGAGGGGUGGCAAAAAUUAUGACAUGUAAACCACAAACAUCAGCUCAAGAGUCAUAACUGCUGGACAUCUGGUUAUAUCAUUUGUCAGUGACAUUUCUAAAUUGGCUGUUUCUUGAGAUUUUUUAAUAGUUAUAAAUGACUUGAAAUGUAUCUCUUUGGAUUCAGAAACUGUGCUUGUAGACCUCUAGUCUGAAUUCUUAUUACUGAUCAUAAUCUGUGCUGUCAACAUUUAAAGGCCAAAAAGCUGAGAUGUCUGAAUUAUUUGACGAGGUCCAAUUCUGCUAUAUGAAUAAUAACAGUGGUUUAAAGAAGAAUUUCAAUGUACAAGAAGAUAAAAUCAGUCAACCAAUGCGCAUUUGCUGUGCUAGAAGACAUAAAUGCACAUCUAAGCUUUUGAUACAGGCUAUGCUCUAUUUAAUCAUGGUGCAACACAGGGAACACAAAAUCAAUCGUGCCUCUUGAGUGAUGCUGAAAUGAGAAGUAGAUACAUAUACUGCUCAGAUCACAUUUCCUGCACUGGUUCAAGAUAUGCUGUACAAUGAACAGACUGUAUGAUUAAAUUUGAAUUAUAAUCUAUACAUCCCUCACAGUCUGUAAUGGACAGUAUUUAGUAUGCGUCUGUAUUUUUCCUCAAAGACUUCUACAGCCACCCUGAAAAGCUCCAUCUGUUUUCUGUUUUGAAGUUAAUGGUGGAUGGAAAUGAUUGACUGCUUGGGUAAUGUGGUAAAUUUCUGAGUGCUUACCUUGUGUUUGGAUGUUUGCCUUUUUGGAAGUUGUGACGAUUGCCACCACACUCAGCAGGCUACCAACCUACCAGCUGUGCAAAAUUACUCAGGUGAUGACCAGUGGAAGAGGUGGCAGUCUCCAUUAAGUUUAUAACAGAGAAGAGAAGGGCAGGAAAAGAGUAUUCAAUGGUUUGUGCUUAUUUAUGAGCUGAGUAAUGUUUGCAUAGCAACAGUUACCAGAGUCCCCAGAUCUUCCCAGGAGUUAAGUACAGCAUAAUUUCAUGGAUAGUGGAUUACCAUACAGUAUUUACCUAAUUUUACUGCACAACAUAAGCAUUAUAAAAUUCAGUAAUUCAAGUUAAUAUUCCAAUUUGAAUAUUUACAUUAGGAAUGUAGAUGCAUAUGAAUGCAUUAUUUGGAUUGAACAGAUAAUGUGUUCUAAAUAAAUACAAAUACAAAUAUGAAUAGUAGGUGCACUAUAUGGUUUUUUGGUUGUUUAUUUGUUUGUUUGUUCUGGCUGCUUGAUACAUUUACAGUAUCCAUAGUAACUGCGUGGUCAAGGACACUGCAGUUUAAAUUAGGCUAGUUUGUUUAUAUUUUGCGAAAUAUAGGGACUAUUUUGGGAAAUUUUGGGAAAUCACAGGCAGAUGUGACCAAAAAAAAAAAAAAAAAACUGUCCCCCACACGUCUCUAAUUGAGACCAAAAUUCACAGACCAUGCUGACAGUGCUAACAUUUCUGUAUCUGGGUUUUUUUUCUAGUAUUUUCCAGUGUUUCUGGGGACAUUGUAGUAGGAUUCAUUCAUAAAAAAGGUUUAAUUAAAAAAAACUGUUAAUUUUGGGUUUAAAUCCAAAUACAGAUACAGAUAUCGAUAUUAGGAGCAACUAAAUUGCAUUAAACCCCUAUUAUAAUGAUAAUUUCUGAGUUUUUGGGUAUCAAACAGAAUCUGAGGUACACUAUAUGGCCAAAAGUUUGUGGACGCCUGACCAUCACAUCCAUAUGUGCUUGUUGAACAUCCCGUUCUAGAUUGAGUCCCCAUUUGCUGUUACGAUAUCCUUCAAUCUUCUGGGAAGGCAAACCGUGUCUUUAUGAACCUAGCUUUGUGCACAGGGACAUUGUCAUGCUGGAACAGGUUUGGGCCCCUUAGUUCCAGUGAGGAGAAACUGUAAUGCUACAGCAUACAGAGACAUCCUAUACAAUUGUGUGCUUCCAACUUUGUGGCAACAGUUUGGGAAAGAAGCACAUAUGGGUGUGAAGGUCAGGUGUCCACAUACUUUUGGCCAUAUAGUGUACCUUAUGUUUUGCAGUUGAUUACAGAGUACAAUACAGUUAUUUACCCUAUACAGUGUUCAAAAACACAGAUUCACUCUUAUCACACACACUACCUUGUCACUAUCAUGCUAGGGUCACCAUUUUACUGACAAUUAUGCACCACCCAAAUAAUAUCUGGUUAGUAGUGGUUUUAUGGUGGUCCUUUUUUAUGGACAACUGACCAACUAGACAAAUUUAGUUGUUAGUAAUUAUACAUCUACAAAAUGAACCUAUAUGUAGGUAUAUCUUCUAAAAUAUCCAAUGAGUAUAUGCCAAAAGGUAGGGGUACAUAUUAAAUCGCCAACUCUGUGUAUAUGUAUAAUUAAGAAUAAUUGAUGUAAGGGUCUGGUGAAAAAUCGAUAAUGUCAGCGGGAGCAAUGCUGAUGUGUGAUGUUGAUUAGUAUGAGAACAGUGAGAUGCAUAUCCGUGCCUGACUGAGGGUGAUUGAUCAUGACUAAAGCACUAACACCACCUCUCGCCUCCCAACAAAGCUCUAGUCAGCCCAGCUAGAGAAGAUACUCAUUAAGAGGGGCUGCUCUGUUCAUGGACAUUAUGAUGAAUAGAGGGGAGUAGAGGAACAGACCCUGGCUGGACUCCAAUCUGGUGGCUGUUUAUCUCUGAACAUUUCUCUGUGUCCAGAGCCCAUCACUGCAAUACACCUCUGCUGUUUCACGAGUCUGUUAACAUGUUGCCUCAGACCAGCUUCAUUAGCUCUCUGUGCCUCAUCGGUUGGAAAACAUGCAGGCUCUUGCACUGUUUUAUGGAGGAAUCUAUCAGGUCUGUCCCAGGAAUUUUGCCAUUCUUUUGUAAGGUUAUUUAUACAAUCCAUUUAAAGGGAAUGAUGCUUGUGGUGUGUUUACAGAUGAUUAGAUUUUAUGAGUGUUUGUGAACUAAUCUUUGAAUUACUAUUCCAAUAUGUAAUGUGUUCCAAUAGUCUAAUGCCCAAAAGAUGUCUCACCUAUUUCCACGUGUUAAUGAGGAAUUUUCUUCUAGUUCAGAAGAGUACCUGCUGUUCCCCUCCAUAUGCACAGGCACACUACACAGCUCUCACUGAUCUAACAGUGGGUCGCCUGACCACAACUGCGCUCUACCAUGUGUGUAUUUUUGGCACUGAUAUCCCCACAAUCAGCCAGCAUUUGAUUUUGAUUUCACAGCAGUAUUUUGUGACUUUUCUCAUAAAAUUUUAAGAUACACUUUUUUUUUUAAAAUACCCACUGUUCACAUUCUUUCCAGUCUCCAUUAAUUGUAGCACAUAUGGUGUGAAGCCUAGUCUGUUUUACAACCCGUUUUCACAUAUGAUAACCUCACUACUAUGUGCAUAUAGGUCAUGUAAAUGUGAUUACAUUAGACGUAGUUUUAACAUUGUGUCUUAUACAAUCAUUGAAUAUUGUCACUAUUCACAUCUUUCUGUUAAACACCUCAGUGUAUUUCAGUAGUUAACUCUUCCACAUCAUGACUCAUAUGUCCUCAUAAAUCUGGAGUUCUGGGAAGAUUUAAGUCAAACCUGGCUCAUAGUUUGCUGCUACACCCAAAACAACAUGCCUCUUGGCUGCACAUAGCACCUUCUGCUGAGACAUGGGCCUUGUGUAUGUGUGUGUGUGUGUGUGUGUGUUUAACCUGCAGUUUAAAAAAAAUUGUCUGAGAGCUCUUUGCAUCCUGACGGCUACUAAUAAAGUACAUGAUUUAAGAAAGAAAGCGUUCAAGGCUAAUAAUCAAGAAUUAUAAAUUCGCAUUCAGACAGAAUGGGUUAGCCAGAAGCAUACAGAAGCAACCUUGCAUGUCUGUCAACUUACUUUCCACAUGCAUCGAUAGACUGCAAACAUAAUAGAAGAAAUGGGCAACCUUCGGCUAAUGUGAAAGUGAUUUUUUUUUUUAUUCAAUUGUUUUGUAUUGUGCUUUUAACAAUAGACAUCAUCACAAAGAAACUUUAUAAAAAUCCAAAUUUAGACAGUAGCAAGGAAAACUCUGAGAUGACAUGAGAAAGAAAACUUCAGAGGACUCAAACCUUCAGAGGACUCUUGUCACUCAGACAGCUAAAAUAAAAAAUCCAGACAUUUGAGUUCUUCCACAUCAAUCAUGGCAAACCAUGUCUUCAUGGAGCUCACUUUGUGUGCAGGAACACUGUCAUGCUGGAAUAGUUUGAGCCCCUUAGUUCCAGUGAAGGUUGAAUUGUUGAAUUGCUACAGCAUACUGUGCAAAGACAUUCUACAGUAUAUAAUUGUGUGCUUUCAAGUUUUUGGCAACAGUUUGGGGAAGAACCACAUAUGGGUGUGAUGGUCAGGUGGCCACAAACCUUUGCCCAUAUAGUGUAAUAAAAGAAUAAAUAUUUGCCUGUAAAAAGGAAAAGAGUUGGACCCAUCAAGAGGGAAUGCCAGAAAUAACACUGGGGUCCGUUGUCACUGGUGGAAAGUGAGUGUUGCAGAGUGCAGCUUUAAUGUCACAGUGUACACAUGCUGAUCCAAACAGCAAAGUGCAUGCUCAGAUCUCAGGCCAGACAGGAGCAAACUGUAGCCACCUGUCGCUGCUUUAUCGAGCCCUGCUGCCAAGCUCCAGGAACUCUUCCCUUAAAGGGAUCAAUAUUACUCAGCAUGACUGAAGAACUAUUGAUCCUCUUGGCUUGAAACAUUUUCUUCUGUUGUCAUUAGUUAAGAUUGAAAUAAAGUUUAUUUUCAGGCUUUCUGAUAUAGUUCAUCAACUACCAUAACACAUGAUGCCACUAUUGUAUACAUUUAUUUCACCGUCCAUGCUUUUCUCUUAAUAAAAAUAUGGAAAUGAUAGAGAGAAAAUGAUCUAGUAACAAUACAGUCUGGGCUAGAUUACUGUUUAUGAGGUAUUUUUUUAUUCACCUUACAAGUAAUAUCCCAUUCCUGCUGAAUACUUCACCACAGGACCAUGCAAAUUGUAUUUACUUAAGUGAUAUUCAUAGGUAUUUGACUUGAAUAAAACCAUUUUUUAGGAAUAUUGACUGGCAGUAUUUUUUUAGAGAAUCAAGCAAAUCCAUGGAAAUGUCUUAAUACCUGAGUGUCCUUAAGAACAAAUGACAGUGUUUUAUUUGCAUAAAUAUGAAGUUUGCUUCUACAGAGGCAUGAGAUUAUAGUAUAUCUGAGCUAAGAACUGCAGGCUAAGCGAGAGAGACAGAGCAUCAGGUGUAAAAGACCAGUGGCAGCUAACGGCUGCUGAAGAGAAGAAGCAUUAAAACUAUAAAGAUUAACAGCGCAUUAUUUGGCUGUCACACUAAUCUGCAUUUUUUCACCCCAUUACAGUCAAGUAUCGCAUAAGAAGUGUACACAAAUGCAAACACACACAGUCACAUGGUACAAGGUAAAAAUUAAGAUAAUAAUAGGCUUGGAAUUUACAUCUUGAUAUAUUUGUGGCCUCUAGUAGUGUAGAGGUGAUGAAUUGGCCUUUUCCUCCAUUAAGCCAGGGUAAACCUGCUGAGAUUUAUGGGGGCUAUUAAAGCCAGAGAUGGUCAUUCAAAGGCCACUCAUCUUGUUGAUAUAUAGGAGGAGAGAGAGAGAGAGAUAGGGACACCAAGAGUAGAAAAACACAGAAAUGUGCAUGGCUGACAAUGGUAAGCACUGCAGUGCCAUAUUCAGUGAUCGUGAGGUUGUUGCAUUGCCAGGUGAAGAGCUGAUGACUUGUUUUUGAAGGCUGGUGCUACAGGCUGUUCUUUUCAGCUUUGAGCAAGUGGCACAACAGCAGUGAUGUGAGGCAACAGGGCUGAGGGUACAGACUGGAAAACUGGGCUUGCUCAUCUAUUCCAAGGCCCUGCAUGUGAUUUAUAACUGGCUCUGUUCAUUAAUCCAAAUUCCAUAAUUCCUCUCUCUCAGCAGCCCACAGACCAUCAAGCAGAGCUCUGACGGUCCUGCAAACACUCUGAACACAUCCAGCAACCAGAAAAAGAGAGAGAAAGAGAGAGAGAAAGCAAGGGAGAGCUGGUUUGAAUAUCUAUGGGAAUAAUAUAGGAUGUGUCAGAAGCUUCUUCUUUUUCUUCUCUUAUUGCAUGUGUCUGAGUGCAUGUGUGUAGUGCAUUUAUAAGUCAGCUUUCAGGGAUUCAUUUUGUUUGUGGUGGAGGACUGUUUAGUGCAUGAUCUCAUCUCUAGACCAGCUGUAAGGCACAAGUCCACUGACUUCCCUAAUAUAUAUAGUACUUCCUUUCUUUCUUCUAUGGCAAAGUUUCAUUUUAUUUUCACUCUGAUUUUGAUUUCUAAACAGGAACACCCUUUGCCUACAUUCUGUCUGUCAAAACAGCACAUCAAAAACACUCUCAGACAGCUUCACUAAUUACAUUCUCCACAAGGAGAGGUUUUUCAAUACGAAUUCAUUGCUUUGUGAAUUCAGACAUUUUGGUGUCUGCUAUUCUUUGUGGUUAGGACUGCUAAUGAUAUAUAUAUAAGUUAUAUAUAUAUAAGUUUGAUUGACUGGAAUAAAUGAGCCAUAUUGAUGAGGUUAACAGAUGUAUGACAUUCUGCAUAAGCUAUAUGAUGAUUUGUUCACUCUGUGUUUCUCCAAGCACAAGAGAUGUCAGAAACCUUUUUUCCCCUUCAAUUUACAGUCAAGAGUAACUGCUGUUGAACCUAGCUAGGCUCCUGAAAGACUUCAAGAUUCUGUAACAUGUGGGGAUGAAAUUUAUAGUUUUGAUUGGGCUGUGAUGGAUGGAUGGGUGUGCAGUUUCACAGAGCGUUCUCCCUUGAUGCUGGGUCUGGCCAGAAUGGCAAUAUAAUUUUCUUGUGUGCAGACACAUCACUUGAAACACAUCUGUUUAUGGAAUUAUACAUAUUUAGUUAAAUACAUAUGUAUUUGAGUUUAAUCUAGUUUAAUAUGUUUCCAAUAUUAGUUACACAUGGAUUAAAGUUCUGGUUUGAGAUCUUAGCUUUGCUGAUACUAAUAGUGAAUCAGUCAUAUAGAGUCAAAAACAAAAACUGGGUAUCAAUUUUCAGUGGAAAUUCCUAAUUUUUAACAAAGAGCUGAUGAAAAAAUUGCAUGCUGAUGUGAGAUGUGAGUUUUGGAGCAAGCAUAAAAAGGCACAUGAGAGUUUGUUUAAUGUAUGUGAAUUAUUCAGGGCUGUAGGCAUUGCCCUUGACCUUCCUCUAUGGUAUUACACCCUGAAUACAGUGAAAACAGAACAGGAUUCCUACUGAAGCUUAAGCAGAGAACUGAAACUUUUGACCUGCUUAUUACUCCUGAGGCCAGUGCACUGCCUGCAGAAACAUUUCAGGUUAAUACUUUAUAUCAACAGCAGAGGAAACAAGCAUGUUAUGCUCAAGUCUGCUCUUACUCAUGGUCUAGCUUGGUUUUUAUUUGCUCUCUAAUCUCUUAAGUAUGCUGGCCAGCCACUUGCACGUUAAAUGAUAUUUGUCUCUAAAUAUCAGCUUUCUUUUAAAAUCCAGAUCAUUAGUCCACACAUUUAAACCUUGUUUUUGUUUGCUUUGCUUUUCCCCAUUAAUGGUUAUAUUCAGAAUCAGAAGGCUUAACUUUUAGGCCUGUGGUUGGGUCUUGAACCUUGAUGCUUUAAUUCAGCACAUUUCUUGUGUCAUGUUGUUGAAUACUUUAUGAAUUAUUAAGCAUGCAUCAAAGGAAUUAGCAGCUGUGCAAUGGUUCACUGUGUUCACCAGUGUUUAUGUAUUUAUUCUCCUGUUUUCAAGGAAAUUUCUAUUCUCAUAAAGAAUACAGCUGAAUAAGAAUUAUGAACCCCUAACCAAAUUCAGUAUUCAUUUGUUAGCUAGGAAGAAAAGCACAAACUGGGUCAUCAGUGGCCAUCUUAAAUACUUGAGAACUCUUUGUAUAGCGUUUCUUUACAGUGCAGUGUAUAAAAGUCUGAAAAAGACUAAUGGGUCUGAGGGAAAAAACUGAAUGGUUGUGCAGAAAAAGAGAGAACAUUGUAGAGGCUCAGAACAUCCUUAUCUGAUUCCUUUCCAGGCCCUCCUGGGUUUUCCUUUUUUUAAUCGGUUGUAUAUCAUUUGAAAAUGUUCUACUGACUUGUUUAAUAGGAUUCUCUAUGCCACAGUGGUCUUGCUGAACCCAGAGGAAUUGCUGUGUUCAAAAUGGCAUACACUUUUAUACUAUAUACUUGUUGGCUGCAGUUUCCUCAGAAUUGCCUUAAAUUGUUUCAUUUUGUGAAGUUGUGAGUACAGUGCUGAGGUGGGAAUGGCAUUACUGGUGUUUAAAGUAAACCCCUGAAUGAAUUGCCUUUGGACACGUUUUUACUGUUGCUAAAUUUUGUUUUCAUUUCAUGACCUGCAACUUUCCUUGUCUGUGUAACAUCAUAUACAUAGAUAUAGUAAAUUAUUCAUUCAUUUGUGGCCAUUUUCCCCAAACUACAUAUGUCCAUAUUAUAACCAUGCACUGAUUGGGAAAAAUCAGGUAUCUUCUCAUGCAGAAAAACAUAGCUGAAGAUGAUGAUGGCUAGCUAGUUUUUGACCAAAGCUACUUAUCUCGUGGUUUUAUUCUAAUAAAAGCUGAGAAAAUAUACGUGCCAUGUCUACUGCCUGAACUGCCUGCUAGUUAGCUAUUUUUGCUAGUUAACACUGUUGCAUUAAAAAUGUAGACUACAUGUUUUAGGUGCAGCACUUUAACUAAAAAGGAACUUUGUCAAGUAUCACAUUCAGAAGACCCUUCUGUGCCAUUAUAUGAUAGACUGUGAUUGUAGAAUUUGUUUACUCACAAUAUCUUGCUAGCAUCUCAGCUACCUAAAAGGCUGGAUGUUAAACACAAUUUGUUCGAAUACGGACAAGUAUUUGCACUGCACUCAGGUUUUUAGGGUCAAGAGUCACAAAAAACAACACAUCAAACAUUACUGAUGGAAUGAGUAUAAUAAUCAACAACAAUGUAUAUAACAAAACUGAUAGAAACAACAUUAAAAUUAACUUCAGACAUCCAUGUCUCAGACCAACCUAAGCACUCUAAAUAGACCAAAUAUGUAACAUGAAUUCAAUUCCCCAGCUAUGUCGGGUUUUUUUUUUUUUUUUUGAUAUUGUGACAAUCUGGACAGUUGACUGAAAGACCAAAUUAUUGAAAGAAUAAAUAAGGUGGCUCAGGUGAAUGUGAAAAAUGUAUACAACUUAUUGUUCUUUUUAUCUACUUCUGAAUCCAGUUUAGCACAUGGCAGUAGUAAAAAAAGGUUUAAUUCAGUAUAAAUCCUAAUAUUCACAGAAUAUAUUUUAUAUGCUUAUGUCUAUAAUGUGAAAGAAUUGAAUGUUUCAUUGGGAUUUUCACACAGAGAGACAGAAGCAUAAACAUUUACACUAACUUCUGUUUUUUUAUGACUGUGAUAGCAUGCCAUGCUGUGAUUAUCAGGCAGUAAAAAAAUCCUUAAUGACCUAUGCACACCAGACAUCCAAAGUGGUCUUUGUAUGAAAAUAAUUGUGUAUAAAGACUAUUUAAUUCGGUCAUCUCUCUGAUGUCACUCACUGAGGGCUUUGAGAAGCGAGGCCUGCAGAUCAGCCCAGGACAUGGUGAAGUGUGAGCCAAAACAUCUGGAUCCCUCAUCAGACCACAGGAACAGAGAGAACUCAUGAUCACUAUGAAACCCAACAGCCUGUCAUGAAGAAGAAGAGGAAAGCAAUGUAAAAGCAACUGGGUCUGGCUCUGUAGUUCAGCAUAAACAAUCCAAAAUCAGCUGGAUUUUCUGAUCACUAGCUGAGAGUGGGUUUAAAGCUGAAUGUUGUUUGUAACUCAGUCUGUAAACAUGUGUUUAAUGACUUUAUGACAUAUAUUCUUAUACAAUGAUGUGCACGAGUUGAGACAACAAUCUAAAGCUCAACAAUUUAUACUUAAGCUUGACACUAAUUGGAAGGGAAGGGAACAUAUGGUGCUGCCGUAGCUCAGUGAUUCUGUCACUCAUACUGCUUGGUGCAGAUACCCAACUCUCUAAUGGAUUCAGCUCAAAACAGACUUGAAAGUGUGUCAUUAUUCUCUAAAAUCAGGUGUGCUGCAUACUGCUUGGCCACAUGUUUGCAGUACAGCACUGAAAUGUUAUAAUGGCUGUGACUGGUAGCAAGAAGAGAAUUGAAUCGUGCAGCGCUCAUAUUAAGUGGAGAUGAGUUGUUCAGCACUGUCCACUAUUAUGCUCACUCUGCUUUUUCUUGGGCGCUGGCCAGCUGAUAAAUAACCAUGUCGUCCUUGGGUGUGACAUGCUUGUAGAAGACCAGACAUACAGUAGCAAAUGGUCCAAUGGUAUUCUACCUUGUCCCAUGACUCCCUUGUUGCGAGCAUGUGUCCACCAUGCUAAAUGUUUUUCCGGUGCAGUAGAGUAUGCAAAUGGAGCAGCAGUGGAGUCAAAGGCAGUUCUGUUAUGCGCUGAGCAAGGCUCCAAAAGGUUUGCACAUAUGCUGUGAUGAGCCCUUGAGCUUUACUCUCUGCCCUGGGCAGCUGGCCUGGAGGAGCAGGAGCUUUGGGGACAGCAGUGGUAGACAGAAACAGAGAUAUAGCAGAGCUGCCAUGGCCAGUGCAGCAGAUGGCAUUGGGGGUUUGGGUACAGAGCAGACCCACCUCAGCGUGCCUGUGGCGGACCCCAGCGCUUGGGCUACAGCCAUGAAUAACUUGGGCAUUGUGCCUAUGGGCCUAACCGGGCAGCAGUUGGUGUCAGAUUCCAUUUGUAUCCAAGGUUUUGACCCAAACUUAGGCAUUAUUGCACCCAUUAACCCCAUGAUGGCAGGGAUCAGUCUGGUGCCUCCUCCACCUGUGCAGCCUGAGCUACCUGUCAUCAAAGAGAUUAUCCACUGCAAGAGCUGUACACUUUUCCCCCAGAACCCCAAUCUUCCACCUCCAUCUACCAGAGAGCGGCCUCCAGGCUGUAAAACAGUCUUUGUUGGUGGACUCCCUGAGAAUGCAAGUGAAGAAAUUAUCCGAGAGGUGUUUGACCAGUGUGGUGAAAUUGUUGCUAUCCGCAAGAGCAAGAAAAACUUCUGCCACAUCCGCUUUAGUGAGGAGUUCAUGGUGGACAAGGCCAUUUAUCUUUCUGGCUACAGGAUGCGUAUUGGUUCCAGCACAGAUAAAAAGGAUUCAGGCCGCAUACAUGUGGACUUUGCUCAGGCGAGGGAUGACUUGUAUGAGUGGGAGUGCAAACAGAGGUUGCUGGCACGAGAAGAACGUCAUCGACGCAAAAUCCAGGAAGACCGCUUGCAUCCUCCUUCUCCCCCUCCCAUCAUGCACUACUCAGAGCAUGAGGCAGGCCUACUUGCUGAAAAACUGAAAGAUGACAGCAAGUUCAGUGAGGCCAUAGCAGUACUGUUCACAUGGACAGAAAGGGGUGAGGUUAACCGGCGCACUGCCAAUCAAUUCUACUCCAUGAUCCAGUCAGCCAACAGCCAUGUGCGGCGCCUGAUGAAUGAGAAAGCCCAGCAUGAGGAGGAGAUGGAACAAGCCAAAGAGCGCUUCAAGAACUCACUGCUCACCAUCCUCACCCAAUUUGAGCAGAUUACGGCCGUAUUCAGCGCUGCCACCCGGCAAAAGGCAUGGGACCAUUUCUCAAAAGCACAGCGCAAGAACAUAGACAUUUGGCGAAAGCAGUGUGAGGAGCUGAGAAACGCCCACAGUGAGGAGAUCAUGGGAAUCCGAAGGGAAGAAGAAAUGGAGAUGUCAGAUGAAGACUUGGAGGAAAACCCCUGUAAGAAGGUUCGAAUGGAUAACUCAGCUCUGGCUGUGCACUCUUAUGGCCUGCGAGAGGAGAAUGACAGUCUGCGCUGGCAACUGGAUGCCUACAGGAAUGAGGUGGAGCUGUUGAAGAAGGAGCAGGGAAAGAUGCAGCACCCUGAAGAGGAGCCCAGUCAUGAGCACCAGCUCAACUUCCUGCAGCAAACCAUGCACAGCAUGCAGCAGCAACUACUGAGGCUCCAGGAUGAACUGAAGGGAAAGGAACUGGAGCUGGAGCAGGCACGAGACGAGCAGCGCUACCUAGAGGGGGAGAUCUUCAGCCUCAGGGAGAAGCUUUUGAACAGCACAGACUUGGUGGAAGGGACAAACCACACUACUGACACCCCUGAAAAGGGAGUAAAUGGCACUGCAGCACUCUAUCACCAUCGAGAGAAGAGCAGUGAGGGGGUGACACGAGGUCCUCUAAGAUCUGAGAAGGAAGCUCUGUUACUUGGAGUUAUAUCAACCUUCCUGCAUGUUCACCCAUUUGGAGCCAACAUUGAGUAUCUUUGGUCUUACAUUCAAAGGCUUGAUGCAAAGAUCUCCGCCAGUGAUCUAGAGCGGCUGAUGGUGCGGCUACCCAACAUGUUCAAGCAGGAGUUUAGUGGUGUGGGCGCCACAUUGGAAAAACGCUGGAAGUUCUGUGGUUUUGAGGCCCUCAGCUCGACAUAACGAACAGAGAGACAGUUGCUGACACUGAGGUUAUGGGAUCUGCGAGCGCUGUGCCUCGGUGACAGACAGAAUGAAACUGGCCAAAGCCUCAGAGAAACUCAGUCCCUCACUGCUGUAGCUGUCACCCCUGCUGUUCUGGUUUAUAGACACUGAUGACGGCAAAGGAAAAUGCACAGAAUCAGGAUAGAUGUGCUUACUUGAAGAAGCUCCAUUCAGAUGUCUGAUCCUGUUGCAUAACUUUCUGUCAACAGCGGGCAGAGAAAUCUAGGAAUACAGCACUGCUCAAUUAUAAAUGAAGAAUGUGGAAUAUGGAUAUGUACAGUGACACACAAGUGUGCACCCAGCAGAUCCAGUGUCUGAGGCUCUUCACUGUACUGAACAUUUAUUUCAUAGUUGUUCACCAGUUUUCCAAAUGCAUUACAGAUUUAAAAUCACCUCAACCUUACAGAAAGUGUUCAGAGGAAUAGUUCCUCGUCCAGCUUGUCAUUGUGCAUUUUGUGCUACAAUUCUUUUAGGAACCUCAGCCUUGGUAAAUGCUCCAGUAUAGUAACCAUGCUGCAGUUAAUACUUACUCAUGAACAUUUCCACCCCUGAGUGACAGAAGAUAUUUUACUGUUUAGGGUCUUUUGUUGUUGUGUGGACAGUGUAUGUAAUGUGCAUUCUCUUUGUGUCAUAAUGCACCAUCGUUAUCAGCUCAUGUUAAUUAUGACUCUCAAAAACUCUAUUAAAACCCUUUUUAUUCAAACCCAAA